AUGCAACUCCGACGGAACCCUCCUUGUUUCGCAUCGGCAGUUGAUUUCGCCUUCGGGCUCCAUCUUCCAGUCCGUCACCGCCACGAGGAUGCCUUGUUCGUCGUCGCUGCACAGGUGGCUACUCCGUCAACCCUUGAUUCUGUCUCAUCGUCGUCCUUCGCCAAUGGAUCUAGUUGCCCACUUCAUGGCUCCCACCCGUGA